UUAAAAAACCUUGCACACAACACUAUUCUCUUCUCUUACAAUUCAAUCAUCUUCUUUUUCUUCCAACUCUGGCUGACAAAGCUAUGAAGGACUUAAUCCGCAAACUCUCAGCCAAAUUGCGGAGAAACCACACUAUCCUAAGAUCCGACUCAACCCUGCAGGACAGACUAUUACAAAAGAAUGACGUCCCAGAGGGUCAUGUGCCGGUGUAUGUAGGAGAGGAGAUGAAGCUGUUUGUGAUCAACGCGGAGCUGCUGAACCAUCCAGUUUUCGUCAACCUCUUAAACCGGGCUGCUCAAGAGUAUGGUUAUCAACACGAAGGAGUGCUUCGAAUCCCCUGCAAGGUCGCCGUGUUUGAACGAGUUCUUGAAGUGCUUCGACGCAAUGGUGACUCGAGUGUACUUCAUGACAUUCUCAGUUCCGAUGAGUUGUUUUAGGAGAAAGUCGGAAAUUAGGGAAUGAAUGACUGAAAAGCUAGUAAUAUCAGUUUGUAAUUUCUGGCUUUUUUGUCUUUGGGUAAUUGUAAAGACAAUUUUAAGUGUUACUUUUUAGUUUGUGGAUAAUUUUCAUGCAUCAUCGGUGUUAAGCAAGU